AUGAGCGACCUCGAAACUCUCCACCAAGAAUUGGAAGACGCCAUGAUCGCCAACUUCGAAAAAUACCCUGACCCACCAGCCCCCAAGUGGCAACACGGCCGGCUCCAAGCCGAAAUGGCCAACAACAAUAUUGAUGAAGAUGAGGAGGAAGCCAAAAAGUCCAAAUUUGGGUUCAGCAACUCCAAAGUUACGAUUGAGAAGUAA